GCACACCAGUGGAGAACGGGCUGCGGUUCCGACGCCCUUGCGUUGGACACUUGCCGAGCACCGGCGCCCCUGUCGCUUGCACCCAGCAUCCCAGGUAGAGAGAGCAGCCUGCGUCCCGGAACCAUGAACACCACCGAGGCGAAGGACUACCUCUCCAAGCGGCAGAUCCCCCCGCUCUUCGAGAGUAUGCUCACUGGGUUGAUGUAUCACAGGCCUGACGACCCUGUUGACUUCCUGCAAGGUUGCUUGAAGAGGGUGAAGGAGCUCGGUGGACCAGACAAAGUACGAUGGGACACCUUUGUCGCUCAGGAGAAGAGGGCCUUGCCCCCUCUCAAUGGCUGCCAGAACCGGAGAUUGCUUUUCAGGAAUGUUCUGCCUGAGAGUCCCAAUUUUGCAUAUCAGCGUUACGAUCGCUUGCCACCAAUUCACCAGUUGUCUAUCGAGAGCGACACAGACCUGUCUGAAACUGCUGAACUUAUUGAGGAGUACAUAGUGUUCGACCCCAGCAAAGCUCGCCCAUGGAUUAUCCUGCUCAUAGGUGGGCCUGGCAGUGGCAAGGGUACCCAGAGCCUGAAAGUUGCCCAGCAGUACGGAUUUGAGUACAUUUCAGUGGGAGAGCUCCUCAGAAAGAAAAUGAUCCACAAUGCAACCUGUAACAGGAAGUGGAGACUGAUAGCUAAAAUUAUCACCAACGGGGAACUGGCACCUCAGGAAACCACGAUCACUGAGAUAAAGCAGCGCUUGAUGCAGCUCACGGACACCCGAGGAAUUGUCAUUGACGGAUUCCCAAGAGACGUGGCCCAGGCAUUGUCCUUUGAGGAUCAGAUAUGCACCCCGGAUUUGGUGGUGUUCCUCGCAUGCACCAAUCACCAGUUAAAGAAGAGGCUGGAAACAAGGGCCGCACAGCAAGGUCGCCCUGACGACAAUCCGAAAGCCAUUCAGAGGCGAUUGACCACCUUCAAGCAAAACACCAUUCCAUUGGUCAAGUACUUUCAGGAAAGGGGUCUGAUUGUUACACUGGACGCAGGCAGAGAUGAAGAGGAGGUGUUUUAUGAUUUAUCAGUUGCAGUGGAUAACAGGCUGUUCCCCACCAAGGACCCGGUGGCAGGGCCCAGUGAACUUGACCUCAGUUUGUUGGCAGACUCCACUGACUCUGUGGGUGAUGACUCAGAGUUUGAAGAUCAGAUGAAUGAAGUGCCUACUGCAGCAGAGGACAGUAAAACAGAAGAAGAUGUGAAGAAGACAGUGACCAUCUUUGUUAUCGGUGGUCCUGUAUCUGGGAGACAAGUGCUGUGCAAGAGAGUAGCAGCAGAGUAUGGCUUCACUUACCUGUCCAUGGAAGACCUCAUUCAGGAUGUGAUGGGCUUCGGGCCAGAGGGGAGUGAGGAGACUAAGGAAACCGAAACGUGUGAGCAUCUGGUGCCUCAGAUACUCAAAGACACCAUCAUCUCUGGUACGGACACCAAAGGGUUCAUAAUCAAUGGCUACCCUUGGAGAGUGGAGCAGGCAGAUGAGUUUGAGAGGAAGAUAGCCCGGCCCAGCCUUGUGCUCCAUAUGAACGGCACCACGGCACCAAGGGAUCAGCAGCCACUAAAACCAACCCAAACAAGUGAACGCAUCGAUGGGAGUGAGCAGCACCUUGACCUUGAGACAGACCAGAAGGUAGCUCAGCCACUCAUUGAGAAGUACCAGAGGGAACACCUCAUACAUAAGAUUAACACAGAAGACACUCCUGACAAGAUCUUUCAAUGGAUCUGCAAGGCCAUCAACUCUAUUCAGGAAAGUAGCUGAAUCAAUGUGAUUCCUGUGCAGAGAAAAGAAAGAGCCCCUGGACACUUUUGGGCAUCAAGAAUCCUCAAGUCACAGAAUGUUGCAAUGAUUUAAGAGAUUAUUCAGCCCACUGGUACUAAGUAGAAGAAAAUUCUUCUACUUACAAUAUCAGCUUGCAUUCACAUUGUGAUGUUCGCUCAGUUAAGUAUUCAUGUGUGCUGCACAACGGUGUUUUUCAAAUUGACAUGGACGUGUUGAGAAUUGGCCCUUAAUCUUAGUCCAAAAUAGAG